GCAAGGAGGAAGAUGCUCCAUCCUUGGAACCUCCUGGGCGCGCUACGACGACCGGCGCGGCUGUUGGACAGACUGACGAGCGCGCACCACAAGUACUUGGAUGUCGUGUGCGCGUCGCUCUCGCACAGCCCAUUGUUCUUUCCCCAGGGAUUCUUUAGCGAAGGGUGGGGCGAUGUCCACGUGCCGUCGAUGCUGGAAAAGCGACUCGCGACCAACGACAAGUACGCGAUUCAGCCCAUUGACUCGAUGCAGUUGACGCUGCUUCACCCAAACCCAUCCGCGUCGUCGUCUCCUCUGAAACGCAAACUCGCCAAAGGGCACACGCGGGUCGGCGGACGCUUUCCUACUACACUCCGCGAUGGUGACCUCCUUCUUCCUCCUGAAAGCCAACAUGCGUGCUUCGAGCUCAUCUUGUCCGACCCAGCCAUGCUAAUGGACGCCACGUCUCAAUUCCCUCGCGUUCGAGUUCGAGGACGCGGUGAAGCCCUGGUCGUGCUCCUCCCCGGGACAGGAGAGCACGGGUGCACUCAUCGCCGGCGAGCAAUUGCAGAGCCCCUUGCUCGUGCAGGAGUGUCAACGUUGGUGUUGGAAGGCGCAUUCUACGGGCAGCGCAAGCCAACUACUCAAAAAGGCUCCAAGCUUCGACGAGUAAGCGAUCUGCCGAUCUUGGGCAUGGCCACAAUCGAGGAAACCAAGUCCCUGCUGUGGUGGGCAAAGCAAGAGUGGGGGUUUGAGCACGUCGUCGUUGCAGGUGGCAGCAUGGGCGGUUUGCAUGCGGCGAUGGCAGCAUCCCUGAGUCCCAUGGAUGUGGGGGUCGCGUCGUGGAUCGCGCCGCCGUCUGCGAUUCCGCCGUUCACUCGCGGCCUCCUGUCGCAGUCGUGCAACUGGACAUCCCUCCAACGCGAUCGCGACGACUUGGCAUUGAUUGAUAUCCUGCUGGCCAACCACACCAACAACCAGUUCGAUUCAUCGGACACAGGACCAUCACAACAGCAUGACGUCAAAGCGCGGCUUGCGGCAUUUCUGGCCCUAACCAACCUCGAGAACUUUCCCCCGCCACGGCGACCGGACGCUGUCAUUUUUGCUCACGCGACGGAAGACCAGUACGUGGGGGCGAAUGCCCAACAAUGGGAGAUGCUCCGACGACGAUGGCAUGGCGCGCAAUUUCAACAUGUUAAAGCGGGCCACGUGAGCGGCAUUUUGUUUGAAACCCAAGCGUUCUUGGCGACGAUCAACGACGUGCUGAAACAGCUGAAGCAACCUCCGAUUGCCAUUGCACCAACGAUCGUGCCGGCCGUAGCAACGACUCCACCAGUGGCUAUGGAUCGCACAUGAACGAGCCAUAGAACGAUUAGUAUUUAGUCAAGUUUGGUCAAGCUGCAAUUGGGGCGCUUGGAAGCGACGAGGAUGGUGGGGCGGCUGCAUGGGUUGGCAGGACUGGUUGCGAUGGAGAGGGGGCACGAUACUGCAUGUCGUACGGCGACCAUUCUUUGAAUAUGGUUGACAUGUAUCGAUGCAUUUCGACGCGAACUAAUGAAAAAAUAUCAAGGUCGUCAGGAUGAGAUCG